ACGCAGUGAUAACUCCUAAAAGUAGAGAUGUACGUUUUGUUGCUGAGUGUUUUAGAUUUUAAAUCUGACCUUCCAGUGUGUGGGAGGUUUGUGUGUGGCCGUAAGCAUAAGGGACCAACCAGGGGGGCACAGUUGGUCCAGCCUGGGGGGGGUUGUCAGUGUGACUUUUAACAACAGCCCCUGUAAUGACAGCUGCCAUCUCCAUCACCACCCACAAACACAGGACAGAUAAACAAUCGGUGGCUAAGUAAAGGUUUUAAAACCCACACACAGGAGGUUUUCCUUUAAAAAAAAAAAAAAAGAACCAUAAACAUUCAGGAAUUGCCCCCAUGAUUUGAAAAAAAGCCUGUUUGCGUUUUCUUAAAAUACAGUGACCCAUAUGUCUGUUUCAUUUGUUCAAUUAUAAGAUUUGAACACAGAAAAUAAUUUUGUAAUGUUGUAUUUCAUUUCAUCUUGAAGAGGAUUUAGUUUUUUGUGGAAAGCAUGAGAGUCACCUUGAGGUUUGACUUUCAAUUGAGUCAGACUUAAGUUGGGUUAAGCAACAUCUUCAGUAGUUUACAAAACAACUCAUUGCAAAUUGAUUCCAAGUGCCGUAAAGGGUUAGUCAUGUACAAACACAGAGAGAGCAAGCAGCGACCUUAAGACUGUCUAAGGAUAAUAACAGCAGUUUAUUUUCAAUAUUUUUCCCCUAGAACCUCCAUCGGUUUAUUCUGCGAAAUAAGAUGACAAAUUUUCCGAGUAGGUCUCACACACACAAACACACACACACACACACACACACACACACACUCUCUCUCUUCUCCACUCUCUAAUUUUUGUCCACAUUCCAUUAACUUCUCUCUGCUCAGCUAUAAAUAUCCUGCAUGUCAGAUUGGACGAGAGCAAGGGCUUUAGUCGCUUUAUGGAGAGGAAAAAAGAUGGGGGGAGGUAUAAGUAUAGAUAGAUGGGGGGUAAAUGGGAAAAUGGAGGAAAGGGUAGGAGUGCUUGGGGCUUCGGCAGGGAUUUAGUUUAAAUGAAACCAGGUGUGUUGUGGGACCAGCACGAGGGGCAUUGGGUAAGAAGAUGGGGGGGCAUGUGUGUGUGAAUCUGUGAGUUGUUCCGCCUGCGAUUUGGACAGAUUUGGAAUUUUGGAAUUUGGGCCGCAGACCAGGAAUUUGCAUCCUGGGGGGUCAGGGAGAGGGGGUUUGGAGAGCGGAGGAUGGCAGUGCAGGGGGCCAAGUGGGGGGGGGGGGAAUGGGCUGUCCCUCUCUCUCUCUCCCGCUCUCUCUGUCUGUGUCUCUUGCUCUCUCUCACUCUCUCUCUCUCUCCCUCCCUCUGGAUGUGUUCAGCUGCUCCAGCUGUCGGUCUCCCCACUCACUCUCUCAGGGUCAUACAGGCAGGAGUUUUAAGGGACCUCUUCUGGACGCCAACUCAGCCGGGACGACCGCAGCUCAGCAGAAGGACACACUGGCCAGAGGGAGACUCAGCGACAGAGGACCCAGCGGAAAAAGAUUCACCCAUCCCACUUCUCGGCCGCCCCGUACAUCUCAGAGUCUCACCUUCAAGGCCCUGCCUCCUGUCGGAUAGCUGUGUGUGUCUGUGUGUGUGUGUGUGUGUGUGGGUGCAUGUUGUACGUGUGUUCAUGUCCUUGUUCUCCUGCCAAUUAGUGCAUUAGUAUGCAGGGUGUUUGUGUGUCAAACUUGUGCGUGUGCAUAUGUGUGUCUGUGCUCCUCCACGUUGCUAUUUCACAGCCCUCGACAGAAAGUGACACCUACACGGAAUGCACAGAUGGGUAUCACUGGGACCCUCAGACCGAGCACUGCAAAGACAUAAACGAAUGUGAGACCAUCCUGGAUGCCUGCAAAGGGGAAAUGAAGUGCUUCAACCACUACGGAGGGUACCUGUGCCUUCCCCGCUCUGCGUCAGUCAUCCCGGCUCCAGAGCCCGCCAUCACGCCCACCGAGCCCUUCAACCCCUGCCCUCUGGGCUACGAGCCGCAGGGAGACAGCUGUGUGGAUAUCGAUGAGUGUGAGCGGGAUGAAGAUGACUGUCAGCCCAGCCAGCAGUGCAUCAACACCCUGGGUGCCUUCACUUGCCAGUGUCCGGACGGCUACCGCAAGGUUGGCACAGAGUGUAUCGACAUCGACGAGUGCCGGUACAGGUACUGCCAACAUCGCUGCGUCAACGUCCCCGGGUCCUUCUCUUGUCAAUGUGAACCUGGUUUCCAGCUGGCAGGAAACAACCGCUCUUGUAUUGAUGUGAAUGAAUGUGACAUGGGUGCCCCCUGCUCUCAGAGGUGUUACAACACAUAUGGCACCUUCCUCUGUCGCUGUGACCAGGGCUACGAGCUGGGGCCUGAUGGCUUCACUUGUAACGACAUUGACGAGUGCAGCUACUCCAGUUACCUGUGCCAGUACCAGUGUGUCAAUGAACCAGGGAAGUUCUCCUGCGUGUGCCCUGAGGGAUACCAGCUGCUGGGGACCAGACUAUGUCAGGAUAUAAACGAGUGUGAAACAGGUGAACAUCAGUGCACCGAGGCACAGACGUGUGUGAACAUCCACGGGCGAUACCAGUGCGUGGACAGCAACCGAUGCCAGGAGCCGUAUAUCCAGGUGUCUGAGAACCGCUGUGUGUGUCCCGUCAGCAAGCCCGCCUGCCGAGAGCUUCCUUUCUCCAUCGUCCACCGCUACAUGACCAUCACCUCGGAGCGCUCCGUCCCCUCCGACGUCUUCCAGAUUCAAGCCACCAGCGUCUCUCCAGGGGCUUACAACACCUUCCGCAUCCGCUCCGGAGACGAGAACGGAGACUUCUACAUCAGGCAAAUCAAUAAUAUCAGCGCCAUGCUGGUGCUGGCCCGCGCUGUGUCGGGGCCCAGAGAGUACACGUUGGACCUGGAGAUGGUGUCCGUCAACCCUCUGCUCAGCUACCACGGCAGUUCCGCCCUCAGACUCUCCAUCUACGUUGGGCCUUACACCUUCUAAAGAGGAAGAGGAGGAAGAAGACGACUGGAGGGGACACAGAGAAAAAAGAUGGAGAGAAAGAGCUGAGGAGAAGCACAGAUGCAAAAGAAGCUGUAAAAAGAAGUGGUCGAUGCAGUUCAACCAAUCACUGUGAUGUCACACUCGUAGCUUUUUGUACUUGUACAAAGAAAGCCACACAUUUGUGUCAGCCCACCAUAUUACGUGUUAGAAUAUACAUGCAGUGCAGUAUACAGUAUAAAGUAUACAUGUAGCAGUAAGGUAUCAGAUACAGAGCAGCCUCAAAAUGAUAAGUCCAGUCCAAUUGUUCCCUCCGGUUUUCAGUUUCCCAGGAUUUCAGUUUUCAUGUUAUUAUUCACUGCUCACUCGUCUGACGGCAUCAUUCUGACGUCCGGGUGUAAAAAGGGGAUUUAUUUUUUUCACACCUGCUCAGCGUGAUAACAGAUCUGUGCCGUGCUGCUGUCAGGUGGAGUGAUUCAUGCCGGGCGUCACCACAUUAAUCCGUCUCGUCCGGUUUACAUCCUUAUCUUCGGUUCCACUCUGUCACUUCAUUCCCGUUUCCCUUUUAACAGACGCGAUUCAGUAACCACUCAUAUCAGACCUCAGCAUCCACGCUCCUCCUUCACCCUCCACCGUUCAUCCUCUACCAUCGAGCUCUCCCUUAACUGCCGUUUGUCGGAAUUCCACGUGUUGUACUUUGUAUUUUCUUUGUCUAAGAUUUGAACCCAAAUAAAACAAUGUACCUUAA